AUGAUUUUACAACAGGUUUUACCCACGUGUGCUGAUAAGCUGUUAUCAAUUUAUAUCGUACAUUUGUACCUAUUUUAUUAUAUUCUUGGCUUACCUGAGAUAUGUUACAGAUUGUAUUAUGGUUAUAUAGUAUAUUUUCAACUUUUCGCUGUCAACAUCAAAAGUAUGACCGCAAUACGUCUCCUAAGAAGCAUUACACUGGCCUGCUGUAGUGCAGCAUUUACAACUUUUUUGUACAAUUAUUUUCACCGAGAAGAAACAGAAGUAUUAUUUUUUUAUGGAACACUGCCAAUUUGUAAUCUCCAUCGCAAUAUAGCAACUACAACAACCUCAAUUCAAAACAAUGAGUGUUUUGAGUGCAAACUAAACAUAAUUAUUGGAUGGCUCAAUAAAGCAAAAAAUACUUUGGAUGUUUGUAUGUACAUGUUAAAUCAUGAAUUGCUAGCAAAUGCAGUUAUUGAUGCUCAUAAGCGUGGAGUUAACGUCAGGAUAAUUCUAAAUGAAGAUAAUCUCAACACUACAUGGGCAAUGGGCAAUAUGGGUAUCUCAAAAAAAGUUAAUAAGGGUAAACAUAAUGAACAUUUAAUGCACCACAAGUUUGUUAUUAUCGAUAACAAAAAAAUAAUCUUGGGGUCUCUGAAUUGGACUAAAGCGUCAGUUCGAGCAAAUUGGGAAAAUUCAUUUAUUACAAACAAUUGUGAAUUGGUUAAUCCUUUCAGACAAGAAUUUCAAAAGUUAUGGAAACAAUUUAACUAGUUUUAGAAUCAGUUGUUGUAAAUUAUAAUGUAUAAAACUAUAAAAUGUACAGUUUAUUAUAAUAUAACAUAAUAUUACCUUUUAA